CGGGUGCCUAUAACCUUGAUGAUCGUUAACGUAUAAAAACCCGGUGAAGAAACCACACCGCUUCAUAAAGCAUUCCCCUUUAGCAAAGUCAGUCGCCCUUUUCUGCUAGAAAAAGACUUCCUACCAGUAUUAGAACAAUGUCGGCCAAAAAAAUCAUUAUUUUUUUGGGAUCAACACGUGACGGCCGAUUGGGCGACAAAGUGGCCAACUAUGUACGAAAUGUAUUGGAACAGACUGGAAUGUCUGCCAAAAUUUUUGACCCACUUGAAAUGGACUUCCAAAUGCUAAGGCAACCUUUGCACUUCAUGAAAGACAGAAGUGCUGCCCCUUCAUGGCUAACUGAAGCUAACACGGAGAUUGAAUCAGCAGAUGGCUUUGUUGUUGUGCUCUCUGAGUAUAAUUGUGGUGUUCCCCCUGCUCUUAGCAACAUGAUGAAUCACUUUCCCCCAGCUUCUUAUCGUCACAGGCCUUGCAGUAUUGUCACAUAUUCUAUGGGUGAUUUUGGAGGUAUUCGGGCAGCCACAGUGGUUCAGCCCUUUUUGAGUGAACUGGGCAUGAUCUCUUUACCAGUUCGUGUUGCCUUACCAAUUGUGCACAAGAAAUUUGAUGAAGGUGGUCAACCAAAUGAUGCAAGAUUUCAGGAUAAUGUUCAGCGCCUAGUCCAUGAGUUGUCCUGGUACACAGAUGCUCUGCGAAAUCAAAAAAACAUGUCACAAGACAUUCCUAAGUGACUUAAACUUACAUGCCCUUAAUUUGCCAGUUGCAAUUUUUUUUAAGUUUUUCUUUCUAAUAAUUACAUUUUUCAGUGUUUUGCGCAAUAAAGCUAAUUAGAAAUGAACACACUACUAAUGCUGCGCGAAACAUGCAAGUAGUAAACAUGUCAAUCUUCCGUUUACUAACGUUACUGAAAUUAUUACUGCUAAAGAGAAUAAUAUAACAAUUUUUCUCAAUCUUUCUCUCCGUUCGUAUUACCUAGUGCUACUAUGGCUAGUUGGCUACAUGUCUACUGGUUUAAUUAGUAUAAGUAAAUGACAUGACCGAAGAAUGAUGACUCAGUGACUACUGACGAUUUGAAUCUGACUGCGACACUUCGAUAAAAUUAAAAUAAAAAAUUGAAUUAACCAUCUUGAGAAGAUUUUCAACUAUUUGGCAUCGCUGUCAGCUUACCGCCAAAACUUUGCUUCCGAUUUUGACAGUAAACGCUUGUAUUCCUAUUUUCAUUGUGGACUGUGUGAAUAAAAGUACUCUUUUAUCUCCAAAUAUUUUUGUGGUAGCUUGAAAAAAAAAGAAACGCCA